ACAGGUGACCGGCUGCUCGAUAUCCCCUGCAAUGUGUGUGGUGACAGGAGCUCCGGGAAACAUUACGGCAUUUACAGUUGCGAUGGCUGUUCGGGGUUCUUCAAGCGAUCAAUCCAUCGCAACCGCGUGUACACUUGCAAGGCGGGCGGCGAGAUGAAAGGCCGCUGUCCGGUGGACAAGACCCACCGGAACCAGUGCCGCGCUUGCAGGCUCGCCAAGUGCUUUCAAGCCAACAUGAACAAAGAUGCGGUACAACACGAGCGCGGUCCCCGCAAGCCCAAGCCGCACCCGAGCGCGCUUGGCUCCCUGCCGCCGUCGCUGCACACACACAAGCCGCAUCCCCUCAAGCUGUCCCCGCCGUCGCCCUACACUGCUUUGGCACAGCCGUUCAACUUCCAGUUUAGCAUUAGCGGGAUAACCGAAUCGGCCCCGCUGAGCACGGCAUCGUCCGCGGGGUCGAGCAACGCGGGGGGUGCGGGCGCCGUCAGUCCUUUGCCGCUCAUCACAGACCCCUUCCUCGCGCCGCCACCGCCGGGUCUGCUGCACAUGCUUAUGUCCAGUGAUAAAUGUCAAGAACUGAUGUGGAGCGCAAAGCAGUUGCAACUACAGGGUGAUCCUUCGCUGUUGCGCCCACCACCAAAUGCCUUCGGAACUCCGCUCGCACCUACUUGGGAAUUGUUACAAGAGACAAGCGCUCGACUCUUGUUCAUGGCGGUGCGCUGGGUGCGUUGCUUGGCACCGUUCCAAGCGCUAGCGGCGAGUGACCAACUGGUGCUGCUGCGAGCGGCGUGGAAGGACCUGUUCGUGCUGCAUUUGGCGCAGUGGUCGGCACCUUGGGACCUGGCGCCGCUGCUGGCAGCGCCCGCCGCCCGAGCCAGGCUUCCACCCGAGCCGCUGGCAGAUCUAGAGCUUAAUACUUUACAAGAAAUCCUUUGCCGGUUUCGUCAAAUUGCCCCCGAUGGCAGUGAAUGCGGCUGUAUGAAGGCGAUAGUUCUUUUUUCACCAGAUACACCUGGACUUAGCGAAACACAGCCAGUUGAAAUGUUGCAAGACCAAGCGCAGUGCAUUUUAGCGGACUAUGUUAGAACAAGAUACACGCGGCAACCUACCAGAUUUGGCCGUCUGCUCCUGCUGUUGCCAUCGCUACGUGCGGUGCGGGCUCGUUCCAUAGAACUACUGCUGUUUCGCGAGACGGUGGGCGACGUCUCCGUGGCGACGCUGCUCCACGACAUGUACAGGAUGCAACCAGCACCAACACCUGCCUUCCAGCCGCCGCCACCCUCGUCAACUGACCAUUGCUCUUCACCAUAAGAAGCUGUAUAUAUUAGCUGAUAUUUAACUGUAUCAAUUUUCAUACCUAAGUAAGCUAAGCUACAAUCAGAAACCGCGACACUUAAAGCUAGAAGCAGCAUGUAGCGUGUAGCGACCACCGGCGUCAAGCGUAUGCGGCGAGAAGAUAUACCUAAUUUAUACUAAUAUUAUAAAGCUGAAGAGUUUAUUUGUUUGCUGGAACGCGCUAAUCUCAGGAACUACGAGUACUAAUCCGAUUUGAAAAGUUCUGUCAGUGUUAGAUAGCUCAUUUAUCGAGGAAGGCUGUAGGCUAUAUAUUAUGCAACAGGAACGGGAACCACGCGGGUGAAAUCACGCAGCGUUAGCUAGUAUAAAAUGUAUGGAAACUACAGUGAAGAGGUCGGUGGCGGCGUUUUGUGGCUCUGCCGUAGGUGCCGUGUGCGGAGGCACUAAGUCAUGUGUUCAACAUAUUGAUGGUUGUCUGAUUUAGCGCACCUUUGCUUUCGGUCUCUCAAAAAUGUCUACCUGAAUCACCGACGUGAAUAAGAUUUUUAACUAGACACAAAAUUACGUAUACGGUUACAAAACACAAAAUUACAAAAUUAAAAAUUUCUUCUCCAAUUUUGUAACGAUUUUUGACGUGACAGCGUCUUAUAGUUCGAUGGAGCCGGCUGCACACUCGAAAGAAAUAAAGUAUAUUCUGGUCUAUGAAGAUUUAGAAAAACGAACAUUUUCUUUUGAAAAAUGCAACCAUUCCAUCAGCAAUUUCUUAUGACUAAGUAUGUCACGUUAAACUAUCGUCAGUAAACCGACUUUACAGACAACCGAUUUUUUUACAACUAGAUGGAGUCUCGAAUUUGUCUUUAUCUCUAAGUCUAACACGAUUUAUGAGUAGAAUAACGAUACUGUAGAUAUCAGAGAUAGAGAUGAAUUCUAAACUCUCACUGUCAAGUUAUAAAAACAGUGUUGUAGAAAAGCAUCAAGCAUCUUUAUGCAGGAUAAUAAAGAUAUACUUACUGCAAAUUGUACCUACUCAAAAACAAUUGUUUCCAAAAAAAAAAUUAAAAUAUGUGCAGAACUAAUAUAUAAGUGUAAAUCGUUCACAUUCUAGACUAUGAAGUAUUUUAAUGUAAAUAAAAAAUAAGAAAAUAAUCCUGUAAAUAUGUUUUGACUUGUUAUUUCUUAAUAUUGAAUUUUAAUUAAUACUUUUAAUUAUAUCAGAAACAUUGUAAAUUAGAUUUAAUUUAUGAUUCUAGUCAAGUUACUAGUCAUGUUAGUGUUAUAAACCUGUAAAUGUUGCCAUUGAGGUACUUAUUUAUCAUAGAAUAUUAAAAUGUGUUCGAAAUAAAUCAAACAUAAAUUAUACAAACAUAUCCAACUCAAGGUGUUGUUUUAAUCCCAUGAUCCUUCAAAUCUUAGACUGCAUCAUCACU